UCGAAUCUACUUACGAUGCCUUUUCGUAAAAAUGUAAAACAGACAAAUAUCUAUGGGCUCUCCAUUUCUUUCGUCUCGAGCGGUCGAGCCCCACUUCUCUUCCUUGUCCUCUAUUCUUCUCUCUCUUGCGUUCUCUCUCUAAUUUCUAGGAGGAUGUGGGGACUCGCGAGACAAAGGGUCGGGUUUGGAAACUUCUCUUCACCGAUUUUAGGGCAGGUGUUGCAGAGGAUUCGGCCUCUGGGAUCUGUCUUGCCAAAGAACUACUCAACUGCAGCAAAAGAGAUGACAGUGCGUGAAGCUCUGAACUCUGCACUUGAUGAGGAGAUGUCUGCGGAUCCUAAAGUAUUCUUGAUGGGUGAAGAGGUAGGCGAGUAUCAGGGUGCUUACAAGAUUUCCAAGGGUCUGCUUGAGAAGUAUGGUCCUGAGAGAGUUCUUGAUACUCCAAUUACAGAGGCUGGUUUUGCUGGUAUUGGAGUUGGUGCGGCUUACUAUGGUCUUCGGCCUGUUGUAGAAUUUAUGACUUUCAACUUCUCCAUGCAGGCAAUUGAUCAUAUUAUUAAUUCUGCUGCGAAGACAAACUACAUGUCAGCAGGUCAGAUAUCUGUACCUAUUGUUUUCAGAGGUCCAAAUGGUGCUGCUGCUGGAGUUGGUGCUCAACAUUCACAGUGUUAUGCAGCUUGGUAUGCACAUGUUCCUGGUUUGAAAGUGCUAAGCCCAUAUUCAUCUGAGGAUGCUCGAGGCUUGUUAAAAGCAGCUAUAAGGGACCCCGAUCCUGUUGUUUUCCUUGAAAAUGAACUUCUAUACGGAGAGUCAUUUCCUAUUCCAGCUGAAGUUCUUGAUUCCAGUUUCUGCCUUCCAAUAGGGAAAGCCAAGAUAGAACGACAAGGAAAGCAUGUUACUAUUACUGCGUUCUCAAAAAUGGUUGGUUAUGCUCUGCAGGCUGCAGAGAUACUUUCAAAGGAAGGAAUUGAUGCUGAGAUUAUAAAUCUCCGUUCAAUAAGGCCGCUAGACAAAGCCACCAUCAAUGCUUCGGUUCGGAAAACCAACAGACUGGUGACUGUUGAAGAAGGUUUCCCACAGCAUGGUGUAGGUGCUGAAAUAUGUAUGUCCGUUAUUGAGGAUAGCUUCGAAUAUCUUGAUGCACCAGUGGAGAGGAUUGCUGGAGCUGAUGUUCCUAUGCCUUAUGCUGCAAACCUAGAGAGGAUGGCUGUUCCUCAGGUUGAUGACAUCAUCCGUGCAGCAAAGCGGGCAUGCUACCGAUCAGUCCCCAUGGCUGCAGCUGCUUAGUUUGAGGGGCUCUCUUUGAUGAAACCAAUUUUCCUCUUUUGUUUUUCCAGUUAGAGAAGAUGCAGCACGAGAUUUAUUUGUGUUCUCCUUUGGUGAGUUGAUUUUGCACAUACUAGAGAUUGAGAACUCUAUGAUGCUCUUUUCUUGCAGUUGAAAGACUGCUUAGUUCAUGGUGUGAAAAAUUCUUUUUAAACUUGUCAGUAUAUCCUGCUAAAACAACUGUAGUUAGAUAUUCAAAAUCAUAGCUGAAACAUGAUCACAUGUUUAAUAAUGAAAAUGUCAUUAAUGACUGGAGUAUUGCUUGGUUAGCCUGAA